GGGGGGGGGCGCAGCUCUGGGACCCAGGCACUCUGCUGACGGGCACCGGCGUCCCGAUGGCGGCGGAUGGAGGAGCGGAGUUUGAAGGCCACGUGUGGCGGGAAGCGCCCGGGUUCGGGAUUCAGCGCCCGCCUGCGUGUGUUCCUUUCGCCGCAGGCCCCUUCGCCCUUUCCUGCCCCCCUCCAGUCUCUAAGCGUUAUCUUUGGUGAGGAGUUUCAGGGGAGCACUAAGCCCUUUGCCCUAGUGCUCCCUCCGCGGGAAGUGGGACCCCUUUUCGGCGUCAUUCCUGUAUUUCUUAAGGAAGAACCCCCCAGUUUUGCUCUAGAUGUUGAUGCCCAAGAAGAACCGGAUUGCCAUCUAUGAACUCCUUUUUAAGGAAGGGGUGAUGGUUGCCAAAAAAGACGUCCACAUGCCCAAACACCCCGAGCUGGCAGACAAGAACGUUCCCAACCUUCACGUCAUGAAGGCCAUGCAGUCUCUCAAGUCUCGAGGCUACGUGAAGGAGCAGUUUGCUUGGAGACAUUUCUACUGGUACCUCACGAAUGAGGGCAUCCAAUACCUCCGAGAUUACCUGCACCUACCUCCGGAGAUCGUGCCCGCCACCCUGCGCCGCAGCCGUCCCGAGACUGGCAGGCCUCGGCCCAAAGGUCCAGAGGGUGAGCGGCCUGCAAGAUUCACAAGAGGGGAGGCAGACAGAGACACCUACAGAAGGAACGCUGUGCCCCCUGGAGCUGACAAGAAAGCUGAGGCUGGGGCUGGCUCCACAACGGCAACAACGGAGUUCCAGUUUAGAGGGGGUUUCGGUCGUGAACGUGAAGUUGGAGAUUAUGUUGUCUUGAAUAAACUUUAAAGAAAAAUCCUGGUCAAUCUUAUUUAUUUAUUUAUUUUUUGCCUUCAGUUUUUUUAUUCUGUGUGCACAAAGACUAGCAUGAUUGGUAUCACAGGGUAGAUAGUCAGUUUCACUGGGUAGACAGUUGAAUCAUCCACUCAGGUCGCUUAGUCCAACUUAAUGAAGCCUAUGUCCUUCGCGUACUGACGGAAGCACUGUUGGCACAUGUUCAGCCCGUAUUUACGGAUCAGACCAUGGCGGUUAGAGCAGACGCAGCAAGAGCGAGAACCCUGGCCGAACUUCCUCGGGUGACUACAGUAGAGCUGCUGGUGACCCAUCUUACCUUCAGACGCCCAAAGAGGAAAAA